AUGCAGUUCACCACUGUUGCCCUCUUCUUCUUCGCUGCCAUGGGCGCGAUUGCCAACCCUGUUGAGGCUGAUGGUCUCGAGGCUCGGGAGGAGGCUGGUGCUCUCAUCACAUACACCGGAUGCACCAAGGAUGGCAAAAAGUGCACAUUUGACAGCGUUAACAAGAAGGUCACCUGCGACUAG